AUGCCAGAGGAGGUACAUACCUCUGUUUCAGAUGAACUAAAAAGCAGUUCUACAUCAAAUGAGCUCCAUGAUACCACCCCUGAAGAGAUGGAGACCUCAACUUCAGAGGAACAAGUUUCAACACCUGAAAAAUUCCAAGAUGCCCUCACAGAGGACCUGCAGGAUUACACCCCGGAAGAAGUAAAGAACUUGUCCUUUGAAGAACAACAUGACAUACACCAGAGCUCUACUCCAAGUGAGCUAAUCUCAAGCCAUGAAGUACUGGAUUCUUCUGCCUCUGAAAAGCUGCGGGAAUCAGCAUCAGAUGAACAAAGCUCUAUACCCGAAAAAGUACAAGAAUUCAAAAAGAUACAGGAUUCCACUUCAGAAGAACAGAUUUCUGAGUCUGUUUCAGAGGAACAAGCUUCCACACCUGAAAAGUUUCUGGAUGCUCUCUCAGAUGAAAUACAGGAUGUGAUUAUCAAAGAACUACAAGGCAGUGAACAAAAGUGUAGCCUAGGAGGAGGUAUAAAUCAACAAGAACUUCAGGGUUCUACUACUGAGGAACUACAAGAAAGACUGCAGGAUUCAGAAUCAGGUGCCACCAUGUCAGAUGUGGAGGAAACAGCAGAGUCCCCAAUGGAGCAGAAGAAGCUGUACACCUUUAGGGAGUCGGAGGAGGAGGAGUUAGAUGAGGAGGAAGAGAGGAACUUCUGGAAGGAAGUGGCCGAGGAGGAGGACCUCGACGUCAAGGACUUGGAUCAGGAGAUUGACUACACAGCCUUGAUCGAGAAGGAGGAGACUGUCGAAGACGGAGACGAAGCCCCAAUGGAGACCACAGAGGCGCCCGCGGAGAACGGCGUAGAACCCACAGACACGACAGAGAAGAAGAAAAAGAAGAAGAAAUCGGAAGAUGGCGAGAAGAAGUCCAAGAAGAAGAAGAAGAAGAAGAAGGGGGAAUCCGAGAAGGAGAACAGAAAGGAGGCAGCUAGCAGCACAUCACCCAGUGAGACAGGCAGUGAGGAAGAGGAAGACCUCUGCCCAACACCCCCAUUAUUUAAUGGUCAUGCCAUUACCAAUGGUGUGGAUAGCAGCACCACAGACGUUCCCAUUGAAGAGGAGAUAGCCAGUACUGAAGACUCCCACAGUGAUCAUGACGUACAUGGAAGAGAAGGCUUCCGUAGCUUAUUAGAGGUUUACAAACGUGAAGGCACACCCAAGAAGGAGUUCCGUGCUCAGACCCCACUCAGUGAUGAGGAGGACCUAGCUGGUGUUAAUGUCAGAAAGCUGAGGGUCUCCUACUUGAACGCAGCACAAGAGAAGCACGCCCAAGAAGAGAACCAGAAGAGCAACCUCAGUACAGGUGUCAAUAUCACAAACUUGGUUGGCGCUUACUCAUCUCCAGUGCCACGUGCAGCAACGCCAUCCAGUCGGCCGGAUGACCUCACGCCUGUCUCGCUAAGAUCACUGAAGUCAGCGUAUGAGGCAACGGCGACAGGAACCAGUAGUGCGGGCAGCAGGCACGGCAGCAGUAGCUGCAGUAGUCCAGUUGGUGGCAGCCCUGCACCCAAGGAGGAACUAAAUAUCUCCCUACAACAGCUGCGUGAGGAGUACUGUCGCUCUGUAUUAGAAGGAGACAGUCGCUCCAACACCCCAACCAAGGCACCCCCAGAAACUGGAGUUUCAAUCAGACAGCUUACUCGGAGCAUGACUGACUUGACGACUGUAGGCCAAGAUACGCACACGUCCAUUAAGGAUGAUGACCGAUCAGUUCUAGCAACAGUCAACGUAAAAGCGUUGACAAGAAGCUUCACAGACCUGACACGUCUCAGUGAGCCAGUCAUGCCACCCAAUCGCAUGACACGCCCACGUUAUGACACUGCACCAGCUUCUGUGUCAGUCAAGCCAUUGCCCCGCACGAAGGCGAGCGAGCGAGGGCGCUGCCAGGAGAGCGGCGCGCGGGAAAGGUGCUCGACCUUCGUGGGCCCCUCGCCCCCGAUGCCCACGCCGGCGGUGCGGCGCAGCAUCUCCACCGGGUUGUCUCUGAAUCAGAGGAAGGCGGUAUAUCUAAACCGCGACGACAUCUUGGAGAAGCACGUAGGGCCUCGCGUCCGCUCCUUCGACGCCUCAAAAAUGAAGAACAAGUUUGAAAAGCCAAAGCAAGUGUCCCAGAUGCCGACCGAGUGCAAGCAAUGCGGGAAGCAGGUGUUCCAGAUGGAGAGGAUCGUGGCCGAGAGAGCAGCGUGGCACAAGAACUGCUUCCGCUGCACCGAGUGUAACACCAUCCUCACGCUGGAGACGUACCAGAGCCACGAGGGCGUCCUCUACUGCAAGCCGCACUUCCGCGACCUCUUCCGCCCCAAAGCCGUCGUCGAGGACCCCAUGGAGGCGCGCAAGGACCGGAUGAUGCGACGGCCCAAAAUGAUUGUUCUGGAGAGCCAGCCGGAGGAACUGCCCGAGAACGUAGUCAGAUCCACCGACAGGCCCGACUAUGGCCUCGAAGAGUUGUCCACAGCGAACGUCCGGCAGAAGUUCGCCAUGUUCGAGCAGGCGGCGCAGGAGGAGGAGCUGCAGGCCGACCCCGCCCAGAUCAGGAGGUCCAACUCCCUGCUCAACAGGGCAGCCAGAUUUAUGUAUGGCGAGGACGACGACUAUGGCAUCGAGAACUCAGAGCUCGGCGACUACGAGGAGGACGAGGAGGACGAGGACGAGGAGGAGGAGGAGGCGGGAGAGGGAGAGGAAGGAGAGGAGGGAGACCCAGAUGCCGUCAAGACCAAGAAGAAGAAGAAGAUCACUCGCCCGGUGAGCUUUGCCGGGAUGGAAGACCUCAAGAGACAGAGAAACCGCCGAGACGAGCUGAGGAAAAGGCGCAAUCAGGAAUUGUCGCAGUUCCGUCAGAUGCUGUGUGCUGGUAAAAAUAUUUCCACAAGGGAAAUGUUUGAGUCUGGAAGCCUGGACGGCCAGAAUGACAAAAACAAGCGACCAGAACAGAUCAACAUUGAGGGCCGUCCCGCCACAAAGAACCUGAGGGAAAGAUUCGAGAAGGGAGAGCUUGGUGGUAGCCUCGAUGAUCAGAAAGAAGUUGAUGAAGUAUUCCGGAACAGUGAGACAGCCAGCAAGGCUCGUAACCUGUUCAAGCAGAUGGAAGCAGGAGAAGGCCAGGAGAACGAAGAGCGAGCUACCGCAAAGCCUCGUGAAAACAGGUUAUCAAAAGAGGGCAGGCGCAUUCGAAAUCUCACUUCGCAGGUCGGAGAUGGAGCAAAUGGCGAUGGAGAAGAAGAGGGAAUUGAAAGUUCAAAUAUUUUGGACCGCUUUAAAUUCUUUGCAACCUAUGAGGAACGUGCCAAAGAAAAGGAGAGGAAGAAGAAAAAAGUAUUCCGCAUCACCCCACCUCGUGAAGGAGCCCAGGUUGAUGAAGAGCUCUUAAAGGCCCAUAUGCCUAAACGUUGCAUGGCAAUUAAUUGUCCGGUGUGCAGGCUUCGGGGCUGUGACGAUGAGGAAGUGGCCGACUUCUAUGGACGUGAUCCUAAUCUUGUCAAGUACACUGACAACCUAGAGGAACCAUUAGAUUGUCGCAAAACCAAAAGUGUGCUUGCCAUGUUCAGGAAAAUGGAAAUGCAAGAGGAUGAAGAUGAGAAAGGCCCUCGACCACUGAAGCGCUUCACGCCACCACCAGAGGGUGAAUAUGAUGAUUCAGAUGAAGAAGAGUAUUCUGAUGAAGAGUACUCUGAUGAAGAGGAUGAAGAAGAUGACGAUGAAGAUGAGGAGGAGGAGUCUGAUGAGGAUGAGAGACCUAGGAAACCAAAGUACAAGGAUGAAAUCUUAGAGAUGCUGGCUAAAUCCUCACAGAGUGCCAGAAAAGCAGCUUCGCUGCGAGCCAAAUUUGAGCGGUGGGAGUCGGAGGUUGAACACAACAACGAGUACAACCGCAAUGAAAGGAACGAAGAUGACGAAGAGUGUAUGCCGUCCAUUGACACCGCCCGCAACCUCCGUGCCAUGUUUGAGAACAAGGCCCAGGAGGCAAGCCGGCCGGUCGUAAGCAGUCAACCCAAGUUGAAGGUCAACAGAUUUGUGGGUGGUGGGGGAGACAAGUGUCUGUCAUGUGACCGCACUGUGUACGCAAUGGAGAGACUGGAAGUUGCUGGUCGUGUACUACACAAGAAUUGCUUCAAAUGCUGCAAAUGUAGUACAAAACUCAGCAUGAAUUCAUUCUCCAUAGGCGGUGAGGACAUAUACUGCAUGACACACUACAAACAGGCUUUCACAGAAAAAGGAACAUAUGAUGUAUUUACACCUAACAAAGGGAAGUGGACAAGAAAAAUUGAAGCAACAAGUUCAGAAUUGGCAAAGAGUCAAGAAUAGAAAAAACUGUUUUUAGACUAUUGUAGAUACAAUAUUCUGUAAAAAUCAAUAAAUGGCAAAGUGCCAUAUGACUUCACACCUUAUCAGUGAAAAGAUGGCAGACUAAGAUCAUUAAUAACUUGAGUUCUUAUCAUUGGUGAAUGACCGAGAUCUUAAAUGAUAGUCAUUUUAUAUACCUGACUUGAACUGUGAAAUUUCUGUUUGGUUCGGUUUAAGAAAUAUAUAUUGUUCUUCAUAACCACAUCUCAGAUCCAGUUUUUGUCAUCCAUUCACUGAUUGAGAGGAUUCAAACAAAUAUAUUUUGGUACAGCUAACAGCAUGCCAUAAACAAAUCUCAUACCACAAGUCCCAAGGUACUCUGCGAAGUACAUUCUCCCCUAUUGUGCCACCAGUAGAUCUGGCGAUGACCAUUGUGGGGGUCAGGGCUGAGUUGAAGUUGUGUCUCGGCACUUGUUCAGCAAGUUUUCCGGAGAAAGCCUUCACUCAGCAACAAGGAAGCCUGACCAAUAUUUUCUGUAAAAAUAUUGAUUAUUCAGCACUUUGUGUGUAGCCAUAUCAUAUCCAAUAAAGUAUUAUAUUCAUUAUGGUCACUUCAUGGUACGAUGCCACAUAAGAAUUAGACUAGUCAUAGCACUUUAUCACAGUAAAAUAUAGGUUAUAGUGUAAAUUCAACAAAACACUUUAUGAGAGUUAUAAGACCCAAAGAAUUGUGUCUCAACUGGCUCAUGGGAGUUUUACUUCUUUUUUAUAGCCUUCUAAUUUUUGGGACUCCCUGGUUUAGCACAGUGAAUGUUGUAAGCUUGUCUGCCAACUGAGACCUACCAAUAAUAGUUUCAGUGGCACUUGGUUCCUCUCAGAUGGCACAAAUUAUUCUUAUUUCUGUGAUUUUAUGAAUGCUUGAUUUGUCAAUAUUUUCAUUACUGCAGAUUUUUUUUUUUUUUUUUUUUACCUUGUGAUUCAAAUAUUAAGGACCAUUGAAUUUGGUUUAGUGUUUUUGUUUUAAUGAGGGAUUUUUGACUGUCUACUUAUUCAAACCAAAAACCAAACUGAAGGUAUUUAUUUGUAUUACAAGUGGGCUCUGUGACCUCAUCAAUUGUUUUUAGUAAAGAAAUCAAACUUCA